UCUUUCUUCUUCUUCUUCUAUUUGAUUGAUUUUCAGUUGAACUUUCUUUUUUGUUUUUAUUAUUUUCAUAUGCCGCUUGCUUUCAAUUUGUCUUUCUCUCUUAAUAUAUAUGUAUGAAGAAUUGGUAGUAGUAGUAGUAGCAGCAGCAGCAGCAGUAGUAUUGAUACUGGAGCUCGUUUGGUCCCAAUUCUGUUAGGGCUCUAGUGUUGCCCACCCAAAUUCAACUCGUUUUUACUUAUACGAUAUAAUUUCGUUAAUUAAUUAAAAUUUUGUGGCAUUGGUGGUGAGGGGAAACAAUCGGAGAGAAUGAAUAGCGUUUUCAGCGACCAGAUACUUGCCGACAAGCUCUCCAAGCUUAACAGCACCCAGCAGUGCAUCGAAACUUUAUCACAUUGGUGUAUAUUUCACCGGAGCAAAGCAGAAGUGGUUGUUGAAACAUGGAAGAAACAAUUUGACAAAUCUGAGAUGGUUCAAAAAGUUCCCCUUCUAUACCUUGCAAAUGACAUCUUGCAGAAUAGCAAGCGGAAAGGAAAUGAAUUCGUGACCGAGUUUUGGAAGGUUCUCCCCUCUGCCCUUAAAUAUGUUGAUGAGAAGGGUGAUGAUCAUGAAAAGAAAGUGGCAUCUAGACUGGUUGAUAUAUGGGAGCAAAGGAGAGUGUUUGGAUCUCGGGCAAAGAACCUUAAAGAUCUAAUGCUUGCAGAAGAAGCACCUACACCAUUGCAAUUCAGCAAAAAGAGAUCACGCUCUGGUUCUUUAAAAAUUGUUAAAAGGGAUUCUCGCUCCAUCAAAUUGAAAUUGUCCAUAGGAGGUCCAGCAGAAAAAAUAGUAUCUGCAUUUCAUUCGGUGCUCACUGAACAAUCCAUUGAAGAUGCAGAGAUGAGUAAAUCCAAGUCUGCUAUUCAACACAUGAAAAAGAUGGAAAACGAUGUUGACAUUGCGUGCUCUAUUGCAAUGGAUCCUAAGCGAAAAACUUUGUCAAAGGAGUUAGAAAAGGAAGAGAAUACCUUGAAACAGUGCAUAGAGAAGCUUAAAUUAGUUGAAGCAAAUAGAGUUGUACUUGUCUCUCAUUUAAAAGAAGCUUUGCAUGAGCAGGAAGCGGACCUGGAGAAUAUUCGCACUCAGAUGCUGGUUGCACAAGCAAAAGUAGAAGAGGCUAGCAUCAUGCGGGCACGACUUGAUAAUGAAGAUUCUUCGCAAAAAGCGACCACUGCAACAACCUCACCUGCUGUUGCAAAUGGAAAUUCAGAAGCAGCAACAAAAAAGUCAGCAGCAGCAAUCGCUGCCGAGGUUGCAGAUAAGCUCACAGCAUCAUCAUCAUCUCAGUUGAUCAUGACUUCUGUUCUCUCAACAUUUGCCGCCGAAGAGGCGAAAAGUGCUGGCCCGACUUCGUCCGAGUCAACCACACAACAGUUGAUUGCUGCACAAAACCAUUCAUACCCAUCAGUUUUGGUAACCCAACCAAUCCUGCAGGAUGUAGCCUCUGCAUCCCAAGGUCAGUAUCCCAUGCUUUGUAAUCCGUCUACGCAGCAAUAUGUGCAGUCAACGGGAGCUGCCCACUCUCCAUAUUAUGUCAGCAUCUCGCCAGUGCCAGUGCCGCUGCCGCAGCCACCACCCCCAGCUCAUGUAGCGGCGAUGAUGCCUUUACCACAUCAGACGCUGCCAAUCAUGCAACAACAAUCAAUACCUGUACCACAGCGAGCCCCUGCACCUCCUAGUUUCCGGCCACUACAGCCGCCGGGAAUGGUGUACUAUACUAAUCCUCAGCAAUCUAUAUAAGACCUAUAAUGGCGAAACCGUAGUUAACAUGACCGUUUUGGAAACGAGCGAAUUCUGGAUAUUUGGAAUUUUAUUUAUGUUACCAUGAAGAACGCAUGGGACUUGA